CCCAGUAAAAUACUAACCAGCGAAAACACGUCUUCUAGAUCUCUCCACUGCUUUCUCUCGCUCUUUUCUUCCCAAAAAAAAACCCUAAACCCAAAUUCUCUCUAUCUCUCUCAGACAAUGGCGAUACUCUCCGAAUACGAAGAAGACCAGAAACCCACGAAUCCAUCCUCAUCGGCCGGCAAGCCGUUCAACGCGGUGCUCGAUCCAUCGAACCCUCUAGGGUUUCUCGAGACCGUCUUCGACUUCGUCUCCCGCGAGUCCGAUCUGUUCAAGAGCGACUACGGGGUCAGAGACGUCACUGAUUUGGUCCGUAGGGUGAAGGAGAAGGUGGACAAGGAGGAGAGGAAGACCAGGGAGAAGGAGAAGGUGAAGGCCGAGAAGGAGAAGGAGAAGGUGAAGGCCGAGAAGCGUGCCGAGGAGGAGUCACAAGCGUCGACGAGCGCGGGGAAGGCGGCAGCGAGUGAGGAGACUAAGGAGGGAAAGCGAGUUCCCAAUAAAGGCAAUGGUCUCGACCUGGAUAAUUAUUCUUGGGUCCAAACAUUGCAAGAGGUUACGAUCAAUAUUCCAGUUCCUCCUGGAACUAAAUCAAGGUUUAUUACAUGUGAGAUAAAGAAGAACCAUAUAAAAGUUGGACUCAAGAGUCAGCCUCCAAUAAUUGAUGGUGAACUGUUUCAGUCCAUCAAGGCUGAUGAUAGCUUCUGGAGCUUAGAGGAUCAGAAAUACAUCUCUGUGCUUCUGACCAAACAAAACCAAAUGGAAUGGUGGAAGUGUUUGGUGAAAGGUGAUCCUGAAAUUGAUACUCAGAAGGUAGAACCUGAAAAUAGCAAGCUAUCUGAUCUGGACCCAGAAACGCGCUCCACUGUGGAAAAAAUGAUGUUUGAUCAGCGACAGAAGUCCAUGGGCCUUCCCACAAGUGAUGAGAUGCAGAAACAAGACGUUCUUAAGAAAUUUAUGGCUGAGCAUCCAGAGAUGGACUUUUCGAGGGCAAAGAUAUCUUAAAGAUCGAUUCCUUCUCUUGUAGAAUGUGCUUCACAGAAAUGUUUGCCUUAGCAGGAAUGGUGUGUGUGUGUGUUUUGGUUCCCCUGUCUGUGUUUUGGUCUCACCUUUUUCCUACUUUUCUGAUGAGAACUCUGUUAAAUAACUUAAUAUGAUCUCCAUUCCCGAUUAUGAUACCCUAUAAAUAUUACCCUUGCUUUUUGCAAAAGAAAAUUUUGGUACAAGGGAUUA